CUGGAUAUUAGGUCUAUGCCUGUAAUAAAAGAUCGCUUAUUUGUGUGUUGCAAUAACUCUCUAAUUCUCUAUUAUUAAGUAUUCUAUGAUCACUUUAUCUGUAGAAAUUCAAAUUUUACAUUCAUUAAUAAUGGAGGAAAACCUUUUAUUCAUUGAAACAUGUUUGAAAAAAUACGAAUAUCCGAACAUUUAUGGAGUUGACAUUGGAGAAAUAUUAGGAGAGUCAAAUAGAAUCUUUUUAUUAUCUUGGUUAUACAAAUUGAUACAAGGUGGAGAAAGUUUCGAAGAUAUAACAGAAGAAGAUUUAUCAAAUUUCUUAAAUACUUAUGGUUUUUGUCCAACCUCUCAAACUAAAAAAUUUAUCGAUAUGAGUCUAGAUUACCCUGUUCAGCUUCAAAUCCUUUACCGUAUAUUUAGAAUGCUCACUACUGUGAAGAAUGAAUGUGAGUAUUCUGAGCAGACGGAGGAAAUGUCACUAGAUAUGUUGAAGAGUUUUGUACAAAUGGAUGUUAACAUAUUCAAGGCUUUUGGAAAUUUAAAAAUUUCUGAUAUGAGUAGAAACAAUGGAACAACUUUAAAUUUACUAACCAAACAAAUUGAUGAAGUUGAAAAAUUGAACAAUUUGUCCAAAAUGAAAGAAAAGAUAAACUUAGCUGCUAAAGUAGUUUCUGAUAUAAUGAAGCAUAAAGAGGAUAAUAACCUUUAUAUUAGUUUGGAUGAUUAUCUGACUUUGAAAAAGUUCAAUGAGAAUAUGGUAAAAGCAAAAGAGUACAUUGGAAACAUUGAAAUUGUAAAUGAUUUGAAGGACAGAGUCAUAUUUGAUCAAAUUGUCAUUCCAGAAAGAUUACAAAAUGAGAAUAUAAGAAUGGCUAAAGAAAUCACCAAAUUGAUUCAUGAAAUUUAGACAUAACUGUAGAUUUCAAAUUAAUAAUAAUAUUAUAGUAUUUUUCUAUCUAGCUACAGGUAUAAACAUUUAUCAUGUAGGCUUGAGCCUGUA